AUGUCACGCACUAUCGACAAAGUGCCAGAAAAUGCUUCCUCGCAGAAGGUCAAACUUGUGGUCGCCAGCUGUAGUCGCACAGCAACAUUGGGCCUCUACCAAGCCCUCAAGAUACUUGGCUAUAAACCGUAUCAUAUGUACGAGAUGGCCACGUAUGGUGGAAAUACCCACUGGGAGAUCAUGAUGCAAGGCUUCCGCGCCCAACACAAUCGCUGGUCGGGCAUCCAGCGGUAUACCAAGCGAGAGUUCGACAAGUGGUUUACCGGCUACGAUGCCUUGGUCGAAGUUCCCUCGUACUUCGACAUGGCUUGCCUAGAAGCAUAUCUGCAGGACCCUGAGGUGAAAUUCAUCCUCACAGAGCGCACUCCGCAAAGUUGGGCCAGAUCAUUCAACGGAUUCGUUGGCAAUAUCGUGGCGAAUGUCGAAACACCGCUGAUGAAAAUCCUGCGACACUUCAACCGCACGCUGAACUACUUUUACAUCUUGAAUGUUGAAGCCUACGACUUCUGGAGUGAUUGCACGCGGCCUGGCGACCCCCGCAACCAGGAAAACCUGAUGAGGAAUUACGAGCAUUAUAUCAGCAACGUGAAGAGGCUGAUCCCACCGGACAGAAUUCUCGUUGUGAAGAUCGAGAAUGGGCUGGGAUGGGAACAAAUCUGUCCAUUCCUGGGCAAGCAAGUCCCUAAGGGAGUCGAAUAUCCGAGAGGGAUGGAGCAUGAGGAUGCCAAAGACAAUGUGGUGGCGCCACUGGUGAAAAACGCCAUGAAGAAGCUGGCAUUGACUGUCAUGGUGCCGGUUGCACUGGGAGCGGCAGCGUGGUGGAAGUGGUCUGCAUCUAGGUGA